AAAAAAGUAAAUUGCAUGCACUCUGUGGAACUUGUAAACUUGUUGUAUUGGAAGACUACCUCUAAAAAGCACAACAAGAACGAAAACAACUUACAAGUGGAUAGAACAGCAUCAUCAAUGAAAUCUCCACAUCUCUGAAAAGAAGAGGGAUGAAACACUGAAAAAUAACACUUCGGUUGACGAUCGGAGAGGAAGGCUGUCUCUGAACCGAGAGAGCUCAUUCUAGAGCAAGCAGAGCUUGUCCAAGAUGACCACAUCUAAUUACUUUGAGUCGUUGACGAAGCUGAAGUUGGGACGCCAGACGACGGUGGGCCCGGAUAAUCAGGAGACUUACAUCACUGAACUUGAUGCACAGUCGACCUCGCUGUGUGGGGGUGAUCCCCUAGUGGCCGCCGUUUGUUCGGACAGCGCCGUUCACGUCUACUCCAAAGGGACUCUUCUACCGAUUGGCACGUUCCAAGGUCACAGUGACACUCUGUCCGGAGCAAGGUUUGGAAAACGUAAUCCUAACCUCUUAUUUACAUCGUCCAAGGAUGGAACAGUCAGAUGCUGGGAUAUGAGAACUAAAAGAACAAGAGCUUCACAGGUGUACACAGGUAUUGAAGGUAACAUGUUUACAAGUUUUGACGUCAGUUGCAACGAUUCGAUUCUAUGUGCUGGGACUCAAGCCCAGGGAGACGAUGCUUACUUAAUAUUCUGGGAUUGUCGUUCAACCAAUCUACUUGGAGCUUAUAAAGAAUCCCACUCAGACGAUAUCACCCAACAAAACCCAUAUGUCAUUCAACAGGUCAAGUUUCAUCCCACAAAGCCAGCGAGUCUAGCGACAGGGUCCACCGAUGGUUUAGUUUGUGUCUUUGACAUCAGUCAGAGCAGUGAAGAAGAUGCCUUAGUGACGACACUAAACUCAGAGUCAUCAGUGAGUCGGAUUGGUUGGUGUGGCUCCAACAGUGAGUAUCUCUAUUGCUUGACGCACACUGAGACUAUUCUUAUAUGGGAUGCAGUAGAGUCUUCCGUUCUCACAAGAUUUGAUGAUGUCAGAGAAAAACUUGCGGAGGGUGAUCAAUGCAAAGUGGAUUAUCUUGUGGAUUGUUUUUACCAUUCACCUCUCAAGUCACUGGUCGUGGUGGGAGGAUCAUUCACUGGCGAUCUGAACCUAUUGACUGUUGGCAGAGAGAGAGUUCAUAAAGUACGUUCAUUACCGACGGCCCACUCCGGGGUGGUUCGAUGCCUGCACUGGGACAAUAAGUCUGAGAGUCUGAUCACAGGUGGAGAGGACUCCAUGUUGACAAUCUGGCCUGGUAAGGAGCCGCGGCCCCGCCCAACAUCAACAGCAACGACCCCCACCUCUGCAACCACACCCACUAACCCACCAAGUAUGAGACGGGCAGAGAAGAGAGGAGCAAAUGCAGGGGAUGACCACACAGAAGUGACCAAACGAAUGCAGAGAAUGAAAGUCAACCACACCCGGUCAGCUACGGUCAAAUGACUACCAGAGAGAAUAGAGCACUACGAACUAUGUACGCUGCUCUCAUAAGAGAUAUAGACUCUUUGGAAUUUACUUAAACUUUCAACAAACUCUCAGAUGCAGUGGUCAGCUACUAUCAAAUGCCUACCAGUCAGUGGGUAGGAAAUGCCUACCAGUGGGUAGACAUGCCUUCCAGAGGGUAGAACAUGCCUACCAGUGGUUAGAACACACCUACCAGUGGGUAGAACACGCCUAACAUUGGGUACAUAAUGCCUACCAGUGGGUGGUAGAAAAUGCCUACCAGUGGGUAGAAACAAUGGAUGCUGCUCUGAUAAGAGAUGUGAUGUCUUAUAUUAUCAUCUUUCAUCGUCAAAGUAUUGUUAAUCUUUGGAUUUUUCAUCGGCCUCGUUGAAUUGGAGUCUUGGAGUAACCUCUGAAGUUUUUUUCUGCAUCUGGACGCCUAGACUGGUCUCCUGUCCUUAUUAUCCACAAGAUGAGGACAGGUAUUGGCUUUAUAUGUAUACACAUGUACGCCAGAUUUAACUGCGAAUCUCCAGAACCAUGAAAGCCAUGUGAAAUGCUUGUAGGUCAAAGGUGAUUAUGUACAGAUCUCUGGCCUAAUUCACGAGCCUUGAAGUGGGACGUCAGAUAUUCAAGCUACCUUUGGACCUCUUGCCCUACAGAGAUGUGCACCAAUAUGCAAUGUGACCACAAGAGGGCAGCGUUCAUGUGGACCAGUAUAGUUGAUCACUUGGAUCGAAGGAUGACUCCAUCCAGUCUCUUGUUUGUCAGCGUUGAUUAAAGGAAAUACAUGGCUCCAAAGUCAGACUGCAGUAUUUGAGUCCAUUUAAAACUCUUAUGCGUUAACUACAGUGUUGCUGCUGGAAUUUUGGUUAUUUGAAUUUUUCAGGAUAUCACUUUUAUACUUAUCGUUAUCUUGAUUAUGUAAAGAAUAAUUGUAUUCUUUGAACUUUUUGUAAUUAUUUUUGUUAAUAUUUUUGUGUGAAAUUAUUCUGAGAAAAAAAGUCAGAUUACUAAUAAGUUGGUUAUGUAAUCUUUUCUCACUCUUACCUGGGCACAAUUUUAUGGCUCUGCUUACUGCUAAAUUCUGCGCUUAGUGUCACCAUUUGCCGCUAACUGUGCAAGCGCUGAAUUUCUGCGCCAGCUGUGUAAGUAAAGAAUGCCUAGUAGCAAGGAGUGCGCAUAAGAAACAUUUCCCUGCAAACCCAUGAAGUAAGUGUGGAAUUCCCUGCUUCGGUAAGUGCCGAUUCUUUGCUUAUUGGUAAGCAGAGCCAUGAAAUUGGGCCCUGAUCACUUACUCUGGAAAACAGAUUUUCUUAACAAGAAUCUGAGUUUGCGCUUUCCACAAAUUGUAACAUUACUAGUCAGACAAGUCAUUCAAAAUGAUGAUUAUAUUUAAACAUAUUUUUGAUAUAGUCCAGUGUAAUCUUUGUGUCUGUAAAAUGAAAAAAAGUAAAAUGGAAUAAAGUGAAAUUUUCAACAGGCUUUCAAGUUUAAGUGCUAUGAAACCAGUGGGCUUUGUGUACAAAACUUUAUUAGUAAAAUGCACUAUGUAUUAAGCACUAUGCAAACAAUGUCAUAUUAAUGAUAUUAUUAUUAUUACAAGCAUGCACAGUUUGUAAUAGUAGAGGGCGAUAGACAGUAUUAUCAGUAAAAAUUCAUUUGGAACAGAACAGUAUUUUUGUCAAAAAGAAGGAUCGUCAUAGACUCUUUGUAAAUGGUCUACGAAGCUCCAACAGCAUGAAGGUCAAAGGAAGAACUAAGGCUGUGUCUGAAGCGAAACUUUGGCUACGGCUACGGCUAGAUCGGUGCGUCCGUCAGUGUUGAAGAAUAGGGAGAAGUGCGUGAUCUAGCCGUAGCUGUAGCCGAAGUCGCUUUUUCUGACACAGUCUUUCAAUGGCCAAGAGUUUUGCUUGGAACAUUGAGAUCCAAGAUGGCGACCAUUGCCGGGGGUCAAUUGACUUUCUUUAUGGUACAAGGCUGCCAUAUUUUUUUCUCCAUUUCAAAUCAAAGUAACCAAGUCGAGGUUGGAAGGAACUAAAAGUCUGGUUCUUAUGUGUGCAGCAAGAAUCAAAUUGCAUAACUGUUAGAGCUCAAAGGGGCUUAGACCAAAAUGGUGUACCAGAUUAUCCAAUCAGACUUGGCUUCAGAAACAUUUCAAUCUAUUUGGGUUUCAUUCUGUUGAAAAGUUAAAAUGUUUUGUUGGGAUUUAAGUUUUUCAUUAAUCCACAGUGACAAGAAUGAUAAGGAGAAUGUAACUUAAAUCGAGUUACUUGUGAUGACAAGUUGUCAUGGAAAUUUAAGGUUUGAUAAGAGGUUUUUUUUUUCCAACUUUUAAAACGAAAAUAUGUUUUUCUGUUCCCUUUAGCCAUCUAGAAGUAUUAAACUGUGAAUGUGUCAUAUGUCUUUCACUCUGCUUCUCAAAAGAUGUAUUUUAAGUCAGUGUUCACUUUUGGUAAACAGUUCUCAAAAUUAUUCCAAAUACUUUAAUAAAUAAUAGAUUAUAUGAUAGUCAAAUGAUUACUAUUCAGAUGUUUCAUUAACCCAAAAGUGAAAAUUAAUACGUAUUAAUGAUGUGUUAUUUCGGUAAAAUCUUUAAAAAAAUAAAAUUCACCCUGAAUGUUAACUCUUAACUAAAAUAUUGCAGAAGAAAAUUAACUAAAGAAAACAUAAAGUUGAUCCAAGGACUUUAUAAGGAUGGGAAAUUAAUUUACUGUUUUAAUUUUAUUUUUAGGAAUCACUAUUUCAAAGAAAAGAAAUAAACGUUGUUUGUUAAAGUUGAAAAGAAAUACAAAGUUGACAAGAGAAAAUAUAAACAUUAUUUGUUUUGAAUAGGCCUAUGUGAUGAUACUUGAAGUUUUGGGCACAACAAUUUGCCAACAAUUUAUUCUGUUUAGACACAGAGAACGAAUCCUUUAUUCAUUAUAGAAGAAGUCUUUCAAUGGAUUUACAAUGAAGCAUGGAAUCAUUUCAGAAGAAUAUUAUUAAAGAAUGUCAUCAUUUUAUUACAUAA